AUGGCUUCCAAUCGAGAAGAGCGCCUGCAGAUGCGGCAGCGCGGAGCAGGGACGCGCAAGAUCAAGGAGGUUGAUUUUGGCUUCUCUUUAGGCUUCGGGCCGCCCGCCGAAGAAUCAUCUCAAACCGCGUCCCAGGCCGCCGACAGUGUACUCGAUUCAGCACCAGUGUCCCAACCCCCUUUACUUGAAGCUCCUCCUCCUCCAGAGGCUACGACGACCGAACCACCGCAGACGCAAUCAACCUCCUCUCCCCCUCGAACCAAUCCCUCAUCCCAGAACCAGCCCGUGCGGCGAACCCCGGGGAGCGCCCGCAACAAGCUCCCUCCGCGUCCAUCCACCUUCGAUAUACCUGCAGAAGAAGAGCCGGAGCUGGAACGGACUAGCAAACGAAGAAAAAUAGAUCCCCCAACAUUCAUUUCCCCGCCGAUUGACGAGCAACCUGAAACUCGAGAACCGGAUACCGCACAAAAUGGUACCGUCGAAACGUCAUUACAACAAGCUCGAGAUGACAGCAUAGCGAUACCUAUUCGGACGAGUCCUAGAAACAAGCCACCGGUGCCAGAUCAAGAACCUCUCCCGGAGGUUCCUUCAAUACCUACCAACGAAACGAACAAAGCUGCCCCUGAGGCUUCAGACAGCGCGCUAGGGAAUCUAGAAACGGAACAGGCUGCGCAGCCGGCACCAGAGCCAACGCGCAGGUCAUCGCGCGUAAAUGGCACUGCUUCACCACCCUCGGAUACAACGAAGAACAAGGGCAAGGGGCGUGGGAAAAGAGGCCGGCCAUCACUAUCGCGAAGUCCGACUUCGAAUCCAGAGUCAGCAGAAGCAGCUGACGCUCAAUCCAAAGAACACCCACAGCCAGAGCCCCCAGUGCCUGUUGAAAUACCGCAAGAGCAAGAUUCCCAAGAAACCGAGCUUCCUAAACCCCGCGAGAAACGGACACGCAGUCGCACUCCGGCAUCAACUCAACUUCCCGAGCAGUCGGCCGUGGUUGAUAUAGCAGCGGCGCCGGAUGCUAGUUCAGAGGCUGUACCGAGCGACGCGACUGGCAAGGGUGUCCGAGGACGAAAGAAGAAGAAUGUAGAAUCUACAGAAGACGCUACUCUUACGAGCCGAGACUCUAAUGAGUCAGCCGUGAAGCAAGCAGAGCGAAAUGCCGAAUCCAAUCACGAACCAGCCCGUGAACCCUCAGGGUCGACCGAGGACCAAGUGAAUGGACUAGACAAAGGCAAGAAACGCGCCGGGCGGCCGAAGAAGCAAGUCGACCAAUCUCCGGAGCCUGCUAAAGAACCUGGCACCAGUGGUAGGAAACGCCAGCGCGAAGAGCGUGACCAACAUGUGCAAGCAAGUCCAGAGCAGGAGCAGCCCGAAGCCAAUACAACCCGCGCCAAUAAAAAAGGAAGGCCGCGUAAAGAGCCCGAGUCCGAGCAAGUCGAACCAGAACCAGAAAACGAACAAGCCCGUGCCAGCAAGAGGAGGAAGCGGGGCGAAGAACGAGAACGUGAACCGAUUCUUCGGGAUGACCUGCCAGAGCCUGAAGCAGAACCACAGAUAUCCCGCGCAGGUAGGAAGAAACAGCGCGAAGAGCGGACAGCGACUUCGCAGGAUAAACAAUCACAGCCAGAAGCAGAACCUCAGGUAUCUCGUGCUGGUAGAAAGCAGCGUGACGAACGGGAACUGGAUACAAAGGCACAGGCAACUGGCGCUCGUAAAGGGAAACAACGCGCGGUACGAAAACCGACGCCAGAGCCAGAGCCAGAGCCCGAAGUCGAAGCAGAAGAUCAGCGCGCAGCUGUACGGCCUACAGACAGGCCUUCAACAACACAAGCCGAGGAGCCUGCGGAAGAAGAAACGCCAGAAAAGCGACCCCCAGCCACGAAGCGGAAGCCACGACAACCCCGAGGGGAAACUGUACCGAUCACGGUCCAUCGGCUUGCAAACGCUGCAUCUCUCGGCGGCGAGCCUCCUGGAUCUAGUGAAGACGAUGCUGACUCGCCGGACGAGAUAGCAAGCAACCAAACCAACAAACUACCCAGCCGCGGCGGUGUCAACGCGGCGGAUGUACUAGCCCAGAUCUGCCGCGAGACAUUAGAGAAGACGUUGACAACACUGAAGAACGGAAUCGCAAACGAGACUAACACAGCAAGACGUGCAGAAUUCACUCUUCGCCGGAAAGCCGUGGAGGCAUUCAGCACAGAACUCGAAGGACGACUGUUCGACCUGAGCGAGAUGCUAGACAGCAACUUCAUGCUUGGCACCAAGGUCAAAAAGGCCAAGCGCAAAAUGAUGGAUCUACGCAGCCGACUCGAUCACGUCCGGCGGGAGCGCGAGGCUGUUGCGUUACGGAUGGAUGCAGUGCGAUCGGAGCACGCAAAAGAAGAGCAGGCCGAACGAGCCCGCUCUACGAUCAACCACUCCCUGCACAACCUCGACCUCGCACUCGAGCGCGGCCAGAAUCGCCCAGCGACAGAAGACGAACGACUCACAGCCGGACUGGAGUUCCGCCUUCGGAAUAUGGCACAGAGCGUGAGCUCAAUAGCACAGGGUGCUCAAGGAGGCCUUCUGAAUCAGAUACGGAGAUUCAAUGCGCAGCUCGAAACUACUGCGCGUCGGUUGGAGGGUUAA